AUGCAACGUACCGCGUCGAUUAUAAUUAAGCAUUUUGGAAUUCGAACUUACAAAAAUUUUAAUUAUGUUGGACUAGACGCACGUGUAGCUGACAUCGUUGGAAUUGUAUUAUUUUUUGAACCAUUAGUCACGUUGAUCCCUUUGGCCUCAAUAGCGGGACAUUACGCUGGAAUGAAUGAUGUUAAAUUGGCAAAUACUUAUUAUGUUGCGCAUUACCUAGCUUGGGAAAUUAUAUAUCUUACAGUAUUAGCAUAUUACUGGUACAAGUUUACAUCUAUGAUCAAAGAACAUAUUAAAGUAUUAGAAGAACGUGAAGCUUUAUCGAAUAUAUCAAACGAGGUACCAGAAAUGAAGCCAUCAGGCUCUUCUAAUAAAUCAACAUCAUCAUCUUCUUCACAAUCUCAAUUAAACUCGAAAACACUCAUCAGUAUGGAAAAUCAAGCAAUUAAUAAUACAAAUAAGAAAUUGAAUAUUACUGUCAACAAAGCUACUGCGACGGUUAUUCAUCGCACUUCUGAAAUUACUGAAAUUACUGUAGUCGAAGAUAAAGAAAUACAUUUUAGACUUACAAUAGAUAAUGAAAGACCAAUCACAUUAUUUAUCCUUGAACCUUUGAUUCAUCGUCAUCGUAAGUCGCUAGUAAAGAGAUUUUACGAUGAACUUGUCAAUAAUGCGGGUAAUUUUGACGAUUCAAUUGAAAAUGAUUUAAAGGAUUUGCUUAGUGAAGAAAGUAAAAAUACCAAAGAAAUUCUUGAAUUUAUGCAAAAUCAUGAAAAUCGUGAAAUUUGGUUUUCAAGUAUCAUUGGUUUUUUUUAUCAAUACGGAAUAGGAUGUGAAAUUGAUAAGGAUAAAUCCUUGGAAUUGUAUUUAUUAGCAAUUAAACGAGAUGAAUUUCAAUACAUUAAUAAUAUUAUCGCAAAGUAUUUAUUAGCAUUAUUUUAUUACAAAGUUAUCGAUUUAGAUAAAAGAUCCUCAAACGAUUGGAAUCUUUUACGCACAGCACAAUUAAUAGAUGAUUAUAUAGACACACAAAGACAUUCCGAAAAUCUCAAAGAAUUAAAAGGAAUCAUAAUUAAUAGUUUAGAAUUCAUCAAAUUAAAGGGAAAAGAUAUAAAAGAGUCUCAUGAACAAACAUUAAAUAUUGAUGACCCAGAAGCAUUACACCUCGCAGGAAAAGAUCUAAUUCGUGCUAUUUCGAUUUACCAAUACUAUUUAUUAAACAACUUAUAG